UUCCGGGGCGGAGCCAGGCCGCGUCAGGCCACGUCAUCUUCGGGCUCCCGCUGCCAGCCGGGCAGUGGACGGUGGGAAGCGACAUGGCGGCGCCGGCCAGCAUUCGGGAGCGACAAACAGUGGCCCUGAAGCGAAUGUUAAAUUUCAAUGUGCCUCAUGUUAAAAACAGCACUGGAGAACCGGUAUGGAAGGUCCUCAUUUAUGACAGAUUCGGCCAAGAUAUCAUCUCUCCUCUGCUGUCUGUGAGGGAGCUGAGAGACAUGGGGAUCACUCUGCAUCUCCUUUUGCACUCUGACCGAGAUCCAAUUCCAGAUGUUCCUGCAGUGUACUUCGUGAUGCCAACCGAAGAAAAUAUUGACAGACUAUGCCAGGAUCUUCGAAAUCAGCUCUAUGAAUCCUAUUAUUUAAAUUUUAUUUCUGCGAUUUCAAGAAGUAAACUGGAAGAUAUUGCAAAUGCAGCAUUGGCAGCUAGUGCAGUAACACAAGUUGCCAAGGUUUUUGACCAGUAUCUCAAUUUUAUUACAUUGGAAGAUGACAUGUUUGUAUUAUGUAAUCAAAAUAAGGAGCUUGUUUCAUAUCGUGCCAUUAAUAGGCCAGAUAUAACAGACACAGAAAUGGAAACUGUUAUGGACACUAUUGUUGAUAGCCUCUUCUGCUUUUUUGUUACAUUAGGUGCUGUUCCCAUCAUCCGAUGCUCGAGAGGAACAGCAGCAGAAAUGGUGGCCGUGAAACUUGAUAAGAAACUUCGGGAGAAUCUAAGAGAUGCAAGAAACAGCCUUUUUACAGGUGAUCCACUUGGAACUGGCCAAUUCAGCUUCCAAAGGCCCUUAUUAGUCCUUGUCGACAGAAACAUCGAUUUGGCAACGCCUUUACACCACACGUGGACAUACCAAGCGCUGGUACAUGAUGUGCUGGAUUUCCAUUUAAACAGAGUAAAUCUGGAAGAAUCUACAGGAGUGGAAAAUUCUCCAGCUGGUGCUAGACCAAAGAGGAAAAACAAGAAGUCUUACGAUUUAACUCCAGUUGAUAAAUUUUGGCAGAAACAUAAAGGAAGCCCCUUCCCAGAAGUUGCAGAAUCAGUCCAACAAGAGCUAGAGUCCUACAGAGCACAAGAAGAUGAGGUCAAACGACUAAAAAGCAUUAUGGGACUAGAAGGAGAGGAUGAAGGAGCCAUCAGCAUGCUUUCUGAUAACACUGCUAAGCUCACAUCAGCUGUCAGUUCUUUGCCAGAACUCCUUGAAAAGAAAAGACUUAUUGAUCUCCAUACAAAUGUUGCCACUGCUGUGUUAGAACACAUAAAGGCAAGAAAACUGGAUGUGUAUUUUGAAUAUGAAGAAAAAAUAAUGAGCAAGACUACUCUGGAUAAGUCCCUCCUCGACAUCAUAUCUGACCCUGACGCAGGAACUCCGGAAGAUAAAAUGAGGCUGUUUCUUAUCUAUUACAUAAGCACGCAACAAGCACCUUCUGAGGCUGAUUUGGAGCAGUAUAAAAAGGCUUUAACAGAUGCAGGAUGCAACCUUAGCCCUUUACAGUAUAUCAAACAGUGGAAGGCUUUUGCCAAGAUGGCCUCAACUCCUGCCAGCUGUGGAAACCCUACCACUAAACCAAUGGGUCUCUUAUCCCGAGUCAUGAAUACAGGAUCACAGUUUGUGAUGGAAGGCGUGAAGAACCUGGUAUUGAAGCAGCAGAAUCUACCCGUUACUCGAAUUCUGGACAACCUCAUGGAGAUGAAGUCAAACCCUGAAACUGAUGAUUAUAGAUAUUUUGAUCCCAAAAUGCUGCGGAGCAAUGACAGGAUGCUGUUACAUAAGAAAUCCUAAUAGUAGCUGUCACUGCCCGGAGAGAGUUUGACAGCAAAUGGUAGAACAGGGCAAUGAGUACUGACCUUGAGUGGGACAGGGUCUUCCAGUGAUGGGAUAUUUGUACAUACACCAAAACCCAGGGUCACUCGCUUCAAAAGAGAAUGUGUAACUCUUGUCUGUACUAGUAAUUCUUGACUACACAUACCUAAGCAGCAGCCAUGGAAGCUGAGGAUGUUUAACCCUAAAUGAAGCACUCAUUAUCAUGUGUGAUAAUGAGAAGGGAUGUCAUCGCUAAGACUAACAGGCUCAGAGCAUUGAUUCAGCAGCCUUUUCCUAUGCUGUCCUAUCCCAAACCAUGGUCAUUAAAAAGUCAUGAUACUGUGCUAUUUAAAUCUUAGUUCUCACUGUCUUCUCUCUACCUCCGAAGAACUUAAACCUCUAGAAUUAACACUAUUGAGACAUUUUGAUCAGAGGACAUCUAUCUCUUUCUGUAGAGUAUAGAACCUUUAAACAGGCCAUAGAAGUGAGAAAAGAUGGUAGAGGUCUACUCACCCACUAAACAGUCUACAUUUGAGGAAACUGAAAUUCUCCUUACCGCACUGUGCAUUCCUGGGUUAUGUAAUACUCAAAUACAAAUCCAAUCUGUAAAAACGAGGAAAGAUGUGUUUAGCAAAGAUUUCUCAGAGGCCAGUGAAGUAUUUUAAAAAAUAUAUGAUGUGUGAUAAAUAAGAAGCUAAAGCAGAAUGCAGAUCUCUCCUCGCACUUUCGCUGCCCAGACUGAGGUACACACAAAGGUUCACUCAGAUUUUCUGCAAAAGAUGACCGCAAGCUCUGUUAGUGUUUGAGUGUGGAGAAAGUAACUUGCUUUAUUGCUUCACCUGCCCCCAACUUCCUUUCCUUUGCUUAGAGGCUAUUGAUCAGCCUUCUACAAUUUAUUUCAAGGUUGUUAGUGGGUUGUCCCAUUCCCUUUUAGACAUUGAGAUGUCUACCUUCUAGCUCCUUCCUCUACAAAACUGAAGAGCCCCCUGCUUCCCAAGAAGGUGGACCUGGAGUACCUUCUUAAUGCUGCUCACAGGCGCACAGGAAUGUGCACCCCAUUCCCAUCCUAUCCAUAAAAGAAGCCAAGGAUGAGAUUUUCAGUGCACUUUCUCUUUA